AAGAAAUAAAUAAAGUUUAUUCAAUAAUCGCUAAAAAUUGUUGUUAAAUGUUUCGCUCUUGCACCGACACCAUUCGCGUCUCGUUUAUGAUCAAAAUAAUAUAUAUAAUCGUUUGAUCGUUAUAAAGCGGUGCCAGUCGCUCGAACGGCCGCGAAUGUGAAAGUUUUCGGCCGGUUUUUAUUACCGAUUCAAUUCCUUCGUUUUACAAGCGAACCUCUAAAUCGAAAAGAUUUUGUUCACCAAAAAAGUGCUUAUUUUAAUUCUCGUUCGCGAUUUUACUUUGAGAUAAAAGUAUUUAAACGAAUAAAAUUGUUUCGUGAUUUUUCUUCGUUGGAUCACGAAAAAAAUUACAUCUUUGUGGAUUUUUUGGGAUGAGAAAGUAUAAAAUGACGAAUUUAAAUGAACCAAUUAAGCAAAACCAAGUGAUUUUAACCGCUUUUACUACCGAUAAUGAUGAAAACGCCGUCAAUAACACAACUCAAGAUAAUUCACCAAAUCAUUAUCAAACAAACACAUCAAAUCAAAUUAACUUAAAAAAAUUAGUAUUAAAACGAAUUCCAAUUUUGCAGUGGUUACCCAAAUACAAUAAACAAUUUGCGCUUUGUGAUUUAGUCGCUGGGAUAACCAUAGGCCUCACCGUGAUCCCCCAAGGUAUUGCAUACUCAAACGUCGUUGGGUUACCUGCCCAAAUCGGAUUGUACUCCUCGUUUAUGGCUUGUUUUGUUUACGUCAUCUUUGGAAGUUGUAAAGUGUCCCCAAUCGGGCCAACGGCCAUCGCGACGAUUUUAACCAGAGAAAAUUUAAACGGAUUAGGUCUCGAUGGAGCCGUUUUAUUGUGCUUUUUAUCCGGAUGCAUUGAAUUAUUAAUGGGAAUUCUCCAAUUAGGUUUCUUAAUCGACUUUAUAUCAGGCCCAGUCUCGACAGGUUUCACUUCCGCGGCUGCUAUUAUAAUAGCAACGAGUCAAAUUAAAGAUUUAUUAGGAAUUAGAAUUUCUAGUGGGAAAUUUAUCGAAGUUUGGAAAGCUGUUUUUAAUCAAAUUAGUGAAACUAAUAUUUAUGAUGCUAUUUUGGGGGUUUCUUGCAUAUUAACUAUUUUAACGUGUCGAAAAUUAAAAGACAUAAAAAUUGGCCCUAAAGAUAUUUCACAACAAAAACUAAUUCAUAGCAUCACCAAAAAAUCUCUUUGGUUCCUCUACAUAUCGAUAAACAUAAUUUUGGUUUUUCUAACUUCCCUCAUGGCCUAUAUUUUCGAAAAGAACGAUAUGAAACCGUUUACUUUAACAGGUCCUGUAGCAUCGGGGCUUCCAAGUCUUUCCGUUCCCAAUUUUUCCACAACCAUCAACAAUAAUCAAACUUUAAAUUUCUUCGAAAUGUCAUCUAAAUUAGGAACUGGGCUAAUUGUUGUUCCUUUAAUUUCAAUAUUAGAAAAUAUAGCUUUAGCGAAAGUUUUUUCGGAAGGUCAACCAGUUGAUGCAACCCAAGAAAUGUUAGCUUUGGGUUUAUGUAACAUCGCAUCAUCAUUCGUUAGCUCAAUUCCUGUAACAGGUGGGUUAGCUCGAGGAGCCGUGAAUUACGCGUGUGAAGUUAAAACAACUUUCGGUGGGAUUUACACUGGAGUUUUAGUGAUUUUGUCAUUGAUUGUGUUAACACCAUACUUUGAGUUUAUUCCAAAACCAACUUUGGCGGCUUUAAUUGUGUCUGCUGUUAUCUUUAUGGUUGAGUUACACGUGUUCAAGCCAAUUUGGAAAACAAAAAAAAUCGAUUUAAUCCCGGCCGUUGCUACAUUUUUAACAUGUUUAUUUGUUAGUUUAGAACUUGGAAUAUUAGUUGGAAUCCUGAUUAAUGUUGUAUUUUUGUUGUACGCAUCAGCUCGACCAAAAAUUUUAAUCAAAAAAUUAAGUACGAAAUUGGGGAAUGAAUAUGUUUUUAUUACACCCGAUAGGACUUUAUCGUUCCCUUCGAUUGAAUAUGUAAGAUCGAUCGUUGUAAAAGCGGGGAGAAAAGAGGAAAAUAAACCGGUUGUUGUGGAUGCUAAACAUAUUCACGCCGCUGAUUUUACAACGGCUAAGGUGUUUAAAUCGUUACUUGAUGAUUUCUCGAAACGAAAUCAACCGAUUUUCUUUAUUAAUAUAAAACCAUCAGUUCUACACACUUUGGAAGGGGUUAAGCCGCAAAAUUUGGUUUGUUUCGACACGAUUGAUGAAGCUCGUGAUGUAAUUGAUAAGCACAACGUUCAAGAUUUUAUCAAUUUGGCCAUUAUUGAUAGAUGUCGCUAAACGCGUCAUUUUUGACACAUUUUGAAAUAACCUCUUUUAGGCCCCAUUAACAUCGACAAAAUUAAAGGAUUGUAAAUCAUGGGACUUUCAAUUGGACGGUGUUUAUCUCCGAAACGAUUAACUGGAAAAA